ACAUCACAUUAAUUACAAGCUACAAGCUUUAUAUGUAAGGUGAAAACGAAACUGAUCUGCAUCGAUCGGUCGAAACCCAUUUGUAAAGAACAUGAUGAAUAACAUCUUCGGGAGCUCGAUAUGGCAACCGCUGGAUUUAGCCUCCACGGACGAGCACCCAACGUGGUGGAACGUUGCGGCAAGCCUUUCAUCUGGCAUCAUCCAAUUGAGAAUGAUCCAAGGAAAGGAUGAUCAUGAUCAUGAUCAUGAGGAUAUCGAAAACAACAAUGACCGCCACAAAAAGCUUUGUUUCAAUAAUAUUCCAUUGAGGAAUCUAUCAGUGAAGCUGCAGUAUCAUCAGCCUGCUGCUGACCAUAAAUGGUACAAAACUCUUCCUCCGGGUGAAAUGUUGCCAAGAAAUGAGACACUUGGAGGCUACAUCUUUGUAUGCAACAAUGAAACAAUGCAAGAAGAUCUUCGUCGCCAACUUUUUGGGCUUCCACAGAAAUAUAAGGACUCUGUAAGGGCAAUAACCCCUGGAUUGCCUCUUUUUCUCUAUAACUAUACUGCCCACCAGCUUCAUGGAGUUUUCCAGGCUGUAAGUUUUGGAGGGUCAAACAUUGACCCAACUGCUUGGGAAGAUAAGAAAUGCAGGGGAGAAUCAAGAUUUCCAGCCCAGGUAAGAAUUAGAAUGAAGAAGAAAUGUAAAGCAUUGGAAGAAGAUGCUUUCAGGCCCAUUUUGUUUCACUAUGACGGCCCAAAAUUUCGUCUUCAGCUUUCUGUUCCAGAGGCACUUGCUUUAUUGGACUUGUUCAAAGAGGAGGAUAUGUAAAAGGUGAAAAGACACCCAUAAAAAUGCCAAAGAAAUUAGUUAUGUUUAGAUGAUUAUAUUAUAUGGAGCUUCUAGAUCAUAUAUACUUGAAGAAAUUCAUCUAGAAAACUCCUAAAAAAUAUAAUAUUUUUUGGAAAUUGGUAUAGAGAAAUUAAUUUUUUUUA